CCUCACUAUUUAAAAACGGUCAGAUGCUUUCGGUGCGACUCUCCAACCUCUGGUAUCUGAGUCCGUGGGGAGUUACUGCCGUCCUCUGUGUGCCCCACACUCUGUUGUUGCCUCCGCUGUGCUCUCUUUAUCGGGCGGCGUUUUGAUCAGGAUCAAAAAUGGCUUCCCCUGUUGUGGUGAUGACACAGCCCCAACAAACCACUACCAUCAUCAGCACACAACCCAAAGGCUGGAACACUGGCAUCUUCGAGUGUUGUGAAGAUUGUGGGAUCUGUUGCUGUGCGUUCUGGUGUAUGCCUUGCUUCAUGUGCAAGACUGUGGACCAGUUCGGGGAGUGCCUCUGCCUGCCAUUACUGGACACUAGCUGCAAUGGCUGCGGCUAUGUCAGCACAGGAGCGAUUCCACCCGUCUCCCUCGCAAUGCGGGUUGCGUUCCGCGAGAGACACGGAAUUCCGGGCUCCAUCUUCAAUGACUGCUGCAUCAUGUACUGGUGCAACUGCUGUGGCUGGUGCCAGAUCGCGCGGGAGAUGAAGGCGCGCAAGAGUGCCGUGACGGUGAUUAAUGCCAGCACCACCAUGCUGCCCCACCCCACCUACGUGCCCCAGCCUAACUACGCCGGGCAGCCUGGCUACGCUGGGCAGCCUGGCUACGCCCCCCCGCCUGGCAAUGCCCCCCAGCCUGGCUACGCACCCCCUGCCAACCAGGUGGCACCAUACCCCCCUAAAUGAAGUGAUGGAACCCACCGCAGGAGGCGGGGGCACAGGAGAGACAUGGCGACACUCCACGACAAAGAUCCGUCCUUGAUGACCAUUCCUGUGUAAUAUUAAAGGUUACAGCUAGUGCACUUUAAUCUGUCUUUCUCAAGGCUUCGUCUGUUAAGGGAAGGGGCCCGUCCCCGAAAGGUCUUUCCAUUGCAUUUCUUUCAUCGUUUUGUAAUCACUCCCUGUCUCUUUCUUCGAUGGGACUAUAUGUUAGCCUGCUCUCUCUGUAUUCCUCACCCCCUCUCUUUCUCUCACUCUUCCAUCCCUUCCCACCUCCUCCCCGUCCUCCCUCCAUUUCCCCCACUCUUCAUCCCUCUCUGUCUUUCUCCAACCCACAUCUCCACUCCCCUCUCUCUCUCUCUCCAGCCCCCUCCCCAUCUUCCCUAUCCAUUACCUCCCCCCCAAUGCUCUCCCUCUCUCUCUCUCUCUCCAUUCCCCAACCCCCCUCUCUCACAGGGAGAGAUCUGUACACUGACUGGUGUCUCUCAACCCCUUCUCUCUCAGGGAGAUAUCUGUACACUGACUGGUGUCUCUCAGUUCCACCCCUCUCAGGGAGAUAUCUGUCCACUGACUGAUGGGUGUCUCUCAGUAUUCCCCCCCACCCCUCUCAGGGAGAUAUCUGUACAUUGACUGAUGUCUCUCAAUCCUCUCUCUCUCAGGGAGAUAUCUGUACACUGACUGGUGUCUCUCAGUCCCUCUCUCUCAGGGAGAUAUCUGUACACUGACUGAUGUCUCUCAGUCCCCUCUCUCAAGGAGAUAUCUGUACACUGACUGAUGUCUCUCAGUCCCUCUCUCUCAGGGAGAUAUCGGUACACUGUCUGGUGUCUCUCAGCCCCCUCUCUCUCCCUCUCAGGAAGAUAUCUGUACACUGACUGAUGUCUCUCAAUCCUCUCCCUCUCAGGGAGAUUUGUGUCUACUCAGGCUUUAUCAACUUUAUUCAAUGUCUGAGCCAACUAUUAAACUGCUCGGUCUCAGAGUUAUAUCUUUUGUAAAUCUUUUGUCAUGAUGAAGGACUUAAAAAACCCCUGGUCAAAUGAGACCAGAGAAAAGUUUUAACUGUACUUGCUUCAGCUUCUGUAGAGCAGUGAUUAAUAAUCAAAUUCACGCUGUCUGUUCAGGAUAAUAAAUCAGAAUAAUAAAGGCAUUACCCAUCA